AAACCAAACGGUUUUCUGUUGUCAAAUAAAUCACUGAUCACUAAAAAAAUUUGUGUGUCACUUAACGAUGGAACAAGAACUAGUUAAAUCAUAUUUGCAAGCUAGGGAUCCUAGCAUAAUGGCUUACAACAGAACCGAUAUUAAAGAAGUUAAAGUAAACUUAGGUGCAUUAAUGGCAAGUAACGAUACAGAGGUUGAAGACCAGAACGAAUCUGAUGAAGUUAAGUGCAUUAAUGUGUAUCUCCGCGUCAGGGGUGAUAUUAAGGAAAAUGAUUUAUAUGAAAUCGAUAAAAAUAGUUUGGUAUGUAAUAUACCAGAAGGCUCUUUCGCCUUUAGAAAUGUCAAAUCAGGUGAUUCGAUGAAAAGAAACUACUCUUUUACCAAAAUUUUUGGCCCUGAAUGUGAUCAACAAACUAUUUUUAAUUAUAUCAUCAAAUCCAAACUUUUAUCUUUUAUUAAUGGUAGGAGUUCCACAAUAUUUACAUACGGAGCUUCUGGUUCUGGUAAAACAUUUACCAUUGUUGGCACACCAGAGGAACCAGGUUUAAUACCUAGAGCUUUAGAAUACUUGUUUAGAUCUGUACCAAAAUUGUCCCAUAAGCCAUAUGUACAAUUAUUGCCAAAUGGUAGCACACAAUAUUUUUCUACAAAUCUUAUGGAGAUGCAUGAACAGUAUAAAAAUUCUAUUAUGAAUGCUACAAUAGUUGAUGAAAUUAGGACAUAUAAGCAAAUGCAAGAACGAUUGAGUUCUGAACCUGUUGCUAAGAUUGAAGAUGAUUCAUAUGUCUCUGUAAGUGUAUGGGUUAGUUUUGCAGAAAUUUACAAUGAGAUUAUUUAUGAUCUAUUGAGCCUUCCAGCAGUUCGAAAUCAACCACGCCAGAGACUAGCUCUUGGAAAAUCGCAAGGCAACACAUUCAUAAAGAAAUUGACAUAUUUAAAUGUCAGAAAUGGUCUAGAAGCUUAUCAGAUACUUCAGUAUGGAUUACACAAUCUCAAUUACGCUGCUACUGCUAUCAAUUCUCAUUCCAGCAGAUCUCAUUGUAUAUUUACCGUUACUCUAGUGCAGACUUCCAAACGCAGCGAUGAUGUGUAUGUCAGCAAUUUUAACUUCUGCGAUUUAGCUGGAUCUGAAAGAUCAAAAAAGACCAUGAACUUUGGUGAUAGGCUGAAAGAAUCAAACAAUAUAAACACAUCUUUACUUGUAUUAGGAAGAUGCAUGGAGAAUAUAAGAAAGUGUCAACAAAUAAAAGAAAGUACCGUACCUAUACCUUUUAGAGAAUGUACCUUACCUAUACCUUUCAGAGAAUCAAAGUUGACACAAAUUUUCCAAAAUGCCCUUCUAGGUCAUGAAAAUGUAGAGAUGAUUGUUAACAUCAAUCCUUCAAGGAAUAUGUUGGAUGAAACAGUUCAUGUUCUCAAUUUUUCCGCUAUCGCUAAAACUGUUAUCGUCAAAGAAGAGCUACCUAAACCAAUUAAAAAAGUAACUAGAUUUUCUAUAUUAACGAAAUCAGAAAAUUCUCCAAGACUUAAGGACGUUGUUACUAAUAAACUAGAGAUGGAAAAACUCACGAACGAAUGCAAUAGAGCUAAAGAGGAGAUUAGAAGACUCCAGACUCUAGUUAACAGGCUUAACGAAGAAUUAAGCGAAGGCCGAACAUCAGAUGAAAAAUCUGAAGAAAUCAAGCAUUUGCAUCGGGCCAUCGAUACAAUAAUUGAUGAAAGGGAUAAUAUCAUAAAAAUGUACGAGAAAAAAAUGGUAGAAAACGAAAAUCGUAUUUCCGCAAUUUAUGAGGAAAGUAUUGCAAGAUAUAUUGAAAUGCACAGAAAAAAUAAACAAGAAGCUAUUCAAAGAAUAAGAGCAGAAUACGAAGAAAGAAUUGCUGAAAUGGAAAUCAUUACCAUCAGUUCAAGUGAUGAAGAAGAUGAAUUACCUAAAAAACGUAAUGGUAAAUCACAGAAAGAAUUAGAAGAUAGAAUUUUACACUACCAGAAUCUUGUCGGUGAAAUGUCAGAUAAAUUGCGAGGGCUAACAAAAGAGUUAAAAGACAAAGAAGACUUAUUAAAAGACAAGGAAGACUUAUUAAAAGACAAGGAAGACUUAUUAGAAGAUGCAAAAGAGCAUUUUACACUAAUGGAAUUGGAAAUAGAAAGCUAUCGCAAAAAAUAUAAUGAAGAAAAAUCAGAGGCUGUUUUGUUACGUGAACAGAUCGAAUUGUUAACACUAGAAUUACAUAAAAGAUCUAUUGGUGUUGCUUCUGAAGAAUCUAGUGACAUUGAUGACAACGAGUUUCAAAAUCAUGAACAAGAAACAAAUAGUAAUUAUGAAAGCUCUAAAGCAUUUGAAGCUAAUAAAAUAGUUAGUGUUGCUGAUUUACACUAAUUUUAGAUUCAAUUUUUAUGUAUGUUAGUUAUGUUAGUAUAUUAGUAAUUUAAGAAACUGUGAUAGUACUAUUAUGAGGUUUAUUUUAAUUACAAAAUUCAUUUUUAAAUU